CUUCCAAAACCUUCACAUGCAUGUGAAGAUUUGCUCACUUUCACUUCUAUACCUCAUCAUUUCUCAACUUCCCAGGCAUCCGUGUCCUCUUAUUAUGCCACCCUUUCUCUACAGACUAUUCUCCCUCGUUACCUUUUCAUGACGGCUCACUCUGCCCACAUUUGCCCCUCCUGCCGUUGCGUAAUAGCUUCGACCCGCCUGGAGUGACGAGCGUCCCAACAGAUCUUCCCUACAAGAUCCCGCCCUCCUCGAGCACAUUGGAUCGUUGGCCAACCUUCAGCACGAUAUCUGGUCCAUGUUCCUACUCGACCCGGGUUCUGAAAAUCUACCACCUUUCUGAUCUUGCCGAGAGUUCGCUCGAGCAUACCCAUCUCAACCAUUAUUCACGGCCUUUCAUCGAGUUCAGUUGCAACCCCCCACGGUAGAUCCCCAUAUCACAUACCCAUCUGAUUACAACCUGGGGUUGAGGCUGCAGCGCGCAGCCUAGGAGAGGCAGCGCAGUGUCAUCACGUGGAUGUUGGCAACACAAAGCAUGUCGUCCCAUGGUGGACAACCGAAUUUUCCUUUCGGAUAUCAACAGGAAAAUAUCCAUGGCUUAGGCUUGCCUGAGUUCAUCACGCCAGGUCCUCCUCCCGGCCAGCCGUUGCUCAACGCAUCCGAAAAUCAGGAUCUAGAUUCCUUCUUCAACGAAUUUGACCAAAAUGCGCCUGCAAAACAAUACCCUCAUUUCCUUCCUACGGGACACGACCAAUACUUUGGAAUCCCACCUUUGUUUGUCGGAUCGGAAACAGACCUGGGUCCUCAGUCCAUGAAUGCUCCCCAUCCGUUGCAGAAUGCAGGGUUUCAAUAUGGCGGCGACAUGCUUGGUCAUGAUCUAAGCCACUUUCGCCAGACAGAUAUGGGACACAACGGCAUGCAAAGUCACCUGUACGGCGAUGCGCCCAUGCAGAAUCCUGUGACGAAUCGACUCCCACCAGUAACCUCCCUGCAACCGACUUUUGGACCUGCAUGGCAGCAACAAGAUUUCCACCAACCCACAAUGCUGAACUCUCAGCAGCAGAGUCGGCAGACGAUGGCUUUUGGUACCGACGCGCGGUUCCAGCCCAACGGCUAUGCUGCCCCUCAUAAUCCCUCCGAUCCGGAUCUUCCUAGCGGAAUGAAGAUUCACCCUAUGGACUUUUUCGAACCAGCAAGUGGGAGUACCACUCAGCCAAACACUCGGCCAAGCACCAGACCCAAUACGCAGCCAUCAAGUCCUAACUGGCAGAAGAAGAGGACUUUUGAGGACUUCCAGCAAGAUCAGCCCACUCAGAAGGGACUUGUUGCCCCGACGAAUGAGUGGCAGAGUAUCAAUUCGACAGCAUCGACCUCUCGGAAACGAAGUUCUAUGACUAAAAGCGACAAGGCCAAAAAUUCGCAGCAACCUACACCGCCCUUGCAUAGCAAAUCACAGACGCCUGUUAAAAGCGAAGGCGACGAUCAUGAAGAAGAUGCCGAGGUAGAAGACAACGACAGAGACGCUAUCGAAGGACCAAAAUUGCCCUCACCGGCGCGCCCGCGCCGGCGGAUCCCUGCUUCCCCCCAGUCAAAACCUCCCCAGAAAAAGAAGGCUAGUGCAAAUACGACAACACCUCCGACCAAAAAACCCAGACCGAAGAGCCUUUCCAAAAAAGUGAUCAGCAGUAGAGUCCCACUUACCCAGGAACAGAAGAAAGCCAACCACACGAACUCGGAACAACGUCGCCGCGACGCUACUGCCCGAGCUUAUGCUGAACUGUAUGACCUUGUGCCCGAGCUUGAAGAUCAUGGCAAACAGAGUACAAUGAAAAAGCUCGAGUUCGUGGUGGCCAAGGUCCAUCGCGUCAAGCAAAGAGUAUACGAAUUAAGGAUGAAGCUUGGCCUGGACAUUCAGACGGGCAUGCCCCAGAGCCCAUCGACGCAACAACAUGACGACAUUCACGACUGAUACCAGGAAAGCUUGCAUAGUAUUGGAUGACAAAUGUGGUGGUCGUCAACCUAGGAGAUCUAUGAUCUGUAUCUCUGUGUCAACUAGUAACGACGCGCUCCUGGUCUUUCUUGCCAACAGGUGCGGUCCGAUACAAGUCGAAGCUACAACCGAUGACAGGCACGAUCCCUUUUCUCAUUAUGAUUUUCUUCUUUCUUCAAUACGAUACCCCUCUUCGAUUCUCAGAUACAUGAACUACAACUAUGGCAUUGAUGGAUAUGCCAGCUUGGACAAAUGGGUGGCAAAAGAGCGAUGAAGUUAUUUUUACACAGCAUGGUACAAAUCACCCCGGAAAAUGGAGGUCUUUUGGAACAUAUAUACUCUACGAUCAAACGGGGUUUAUGAUUAGCGAGCUAUGCGCUUUGGGCAGCUGGACUGCAGAAGAAGAGACCUUGGUGGACGGAGAACGGGAAGAGAUGGUUCAUCUUGCUAUCACAACCACUCUGAGGCAUAAAGUGUGUGUGUGUGUGUGUGUUUGUAUAGAGAGAAACCUCGCGCAUCGUCAUGAUUCACCACCUUCUUGGUGAUUUGGUACUACCGUGGAUGGGUGAAGUCCCGUGCGAUGUCGAAAUUUCUCAAAAAACCUAUGAAUCUCCAGCGUCCAGG